GGUUUCAUUUUCUGAAUAUUUAGAGGUUAUGGGAUCAAGAUAACAUACAUUUUUAAUUAUUUUUUACUAUGAUUCUUACAUAUUCAGUAACUAUUAUUUUAAAAUAAUAAUUUUUUUCGUUUUCAUAAUCAUAUUUGCUAUGGGUUUUAUUUCUGUACUUAGAAAUACGGCAUGUUAUACACGACCUAACCUCAAUCUGCAGUUCUGUCAAAUGGCAUCUACAAGUAAUUUCAACUUAAACAAUUAUUUAGGCAUUUUUUACCAUUUUGAAACAUCUAAAACACCGUGUAAUCCGAAGUACACUUUUAAUUUUGCUAGUAGUGAGAGAUUUGUUCAUAAUGAUGUCAGUGACGUAAGCUAUGUUGACUGCAACGACAAAUUUAGUGAAGAAGAAAAGCAAUUAAUUUGUAAAAAUAUGAUAGUUGUUGAAUCAUUCAUUAAUGAGAAAGAAGAAGAUUGCCUCCUCAAAGAAAUUGAGCCUUACAUGAAACGUCUACGAUAUGAAUUUAGUCAUUGGGACAAUGCUAUCCAUGGCUAUCGAGAGACUGAAAGACUGAAAUGGAAUGAAGAGAAUACUAAAAUUAUAGAUCGUGUACGAAACUUUGCGUUUCCGCCUGGCAGUGCUCAGCUUCAUUAUGUGCACAUUCUAGAUCUUGCUGAGAAUGGUUAUAUAAAACCACACAUAGAUGCUGUUCGGUUUUGUGGAAACACCAUCGCAGGACUGAGCCUUCUAACUGAUUCUGUUAUGCGUCUUGUGCAUGAUAAAGACAAGACUAAGGUGGUUGACGUUUUGUUAAAGCGCCGCUCUCUUUAUGUGAUGAGAGACACUGUUAGAUAUGACUACACCCAUGAAAUAUUGGCCAAAGAGGAGUCAAAAUUUCAAAAUCAAGUUGUUGAAAAGAAGAGACGAAUAUCUGUAAUAUGUAGGAAUGAACCAACAUCAUCAGAUGAACCACCAGUGUCUGAUAGUGAUAAAAGAAGCUAUUAGAAAAAUAAUGUAAUUGGCUUACUUGAUUGCUGUCAAAGGUGUUCUAAACUACGAACAUCCUACUGUAUUUUCUUCCAAGCUAGAAAAUCAGUCGACGAGUUAGAAAUUCUUAAGGAAGUGCUUUAACUGGCGCAAACUUCAAAGUAGUUCAACAAUUUUUAAUGCAAUUAUACCUGGAAAGAAAUGUUGUUGGGUAUAAUAAGCAAGAAGUAAUAAUGGACAAAUCUUCAACCUCUUUAAAAAAACGAGAUAGGUCCUAAGUCAAAUUUUAGAUUGUUAAACCUUUGCAGUCGUAUUUAAUCGCUAAAGAUCAGAAAGGCCACACUCAGUGGUCCUCUCAUUUUGUUGAAUGAUGCGGCAUUGUCAACGCUGAAGGUAGCCCCGCAGCUCGGGCCGGCCACAACGGAACUUUUAAGGCCUUUUAAUUUUAAAUAAACUGAUAUUUAUAAUCUUAAAUGGCCUCAAAUAGAGAUAUAACAUCCGAUACUAUACAUGAUCGCUGACAAGACAUUU